UUCUGGUUCUCUGGUAUGCGUCUUCUUCGUCUCCAAUUGCUGUCGUAGGAGGUGCAGCUUUCGGUUUUCUACAUGAAGAAGGAACGAAAGUAGAAACAGGUGGAGGACAGAUUCGUGUUUCCGAAACGCGGAACAACAUGUUCGUAACCGAAGACCUUGUCACGGCUCUCUGCCGAGACCUAGUCGAUCCAGUGAUGAACCCUAUUCUGCAGGAAUCGCUGAUCAACGCUUUCCCUCGUGCACUUGUAGCAGCUGCUGGUGGGCUGGAGGAGGGGGCAGAUGGUUCUGUGGAUGGUGAGAGAACUACUGGGAGUAGUUAUACCGAUGCACGUGUCUCCAGUCCAGAGUCAGUAGAUGCUGGGUUUACAGGAACAACGCAGGAACACCAGGAUGAAUCUUCUUCUUCAUCGGCACUCAAAGAACGACAACGUGGCCCGACUGGUACAGAGAUGGCUCGCCUGGUUCUGCCACCGACUGCCGAAGAGCGCAUGUCUAACGUUUUGUUCAGCAUGUUUGGGACAGAUGAGUUUUGUCACGGAAUCAAAAAUGCAGUUCGUGCGGAACUAGCGAACCACGACGAUUCUGACAUCGGAGAUGUCAGACACGCUAUGGAAAACGUAAAGAAAGCGGUUCGAGUCAGUGCUGCGGCAGGUGGUUUGAGUGCUGCAACUGAGGAAGAAACGCCAAGAGCUUCUAGGAGUGAGAUGGAAGAUGGCACUCCUGUCGAACUGCGCGAACGCGUCGACGUACGUGUGAAGCGGUUUCUUGUCGACGUCGUCCGAGAAGAGUCUCGUCAUCGCGGGAGGUGGGCUCGACUCAAAGCGAGACUGUCGACUACUCGAAAAGAUUCGAAGGAUUUCGGUGUCGAUGGAGGACGUGAUACCAGUGUCGGAGGUUCCGUGCGUGACGGAACGAUCAAUAGUGUUGGAG